GUGGAUUUUUAUUUGCUCGAUCGAUGGGCCGCGGACUGCGCGCAAGAUUUCUGUGGUGCACCCUGCACUGCGCGAUAGCGGAGCGACCACCAUCCAUUACCUUCGAGCUUCACGUCUUUCGUCCAUUCACAAAGCAGUACGGCCCUGAGCCAGAGGUGGCGGAACGGUUUGCCCUGCGAGCAGAGAGAGGACAUCCCACCGGGCCAAAGCUCCUUAGGCUUAGAGCGGACGGGUACAGAACAGCUAGUCAGCACGACAGUAGAGUGCGCUACAUGUAACAUCGUCAGGAUUUGUUCGGGCACUAGCGCACUUGGCGAAAACAAACCGUAGGUCACCGAGUUUCUAAGCUUGGAUCUCAGUCACAAUUUUGGGACCAAGGAAAGCAGCGGAGCGAAAAUGUCGGCGGUUCAUGAGCAAGAUACGAAUCUGGUGCCUGAAGAAGACGAUUUUACGCGAGCCCUUUCGCUAGUCGAACAGCUUCAUGAAAUCAGCAGCCAAGUGGACAACCCGGCAGGGCUGCGCGAUAGCUUGCUGGACGAUUUGACAGCUCUUCGCAGCUAUGUCUCGUCAGGACAGCAGCUUGCGGCUGCAAGCGAAGGAAGCAUCACCGCCUUCGCCUCUGAUCUAGCUGCUGUCACCGAUGAGAGAAAUUUCCUUCGGGAACAAACAGCGGCGCUCCGUCAGCAGUUAGUCCUUCUUGGCACGGAUGGCGAAGAGAAUUUCAGAGUUGAGAGCGUCAUGAACAGCUUACAGGAGCAGCUGGAGCGCUCCGAAAGGGAGCGUGAACGGCUGCAGCUGGAGCUGGACCAAGUGCGAGUAUGGCAGAGUUUGGAAGGAAAACCCGAUAGCGAACUGAAGCGGGAAGCGGCGGAUCUAGCGAUGGAAUUGGUGAAGAUGCGAGAUUUGUGCGUGGCGCUGAAGCAGGACAAGAAGCGUCUGAAAGCUGAGAAGGCAGAUCUACUCGUUCAAAUGAAGGAGUUGUAUUCUACCCUCGAGGAGAAAGAAGCCGAAGUAAAGGCAUUGACUGACGUCUGCGAAGCGAGACUGGCAGAUUCGUCAUGGUCGUCACAAACAAGCCGCGAAGACCAGAACCAGCUUGAAAUGAAGGACAGAGCACUUGCUACCAUGGAGGCUGAACUGGUGCGGGUCAAACGCCAGCUAGCGGCCAAUGGCAGUAUAGUGUCGUCGAGCAUUGGUGGAAUUAGUAGCAUGGGUAGUUCCAUGGUGUCAUCAUCAACGACAGGGGGAAUACUACGUGCUGACGAGGAUACAGUUCCGCCGUAUUCACCCUCCGCGUGGACUGGAUCCAGUUCUGAUGGUGGCGGCGCUGGAUAUCGCCGUACUAGCGCGCACAUAGCACAGAAUGGCGGCGGCGUAGAACCGUCGUUCCUGCAUCGUCCGCAGCGCAAUGGCAGCGGACACGCGCAGGACAGGGAUAAUCUCAGCCCCAGUGCGCUAGUUGCGGGUGGACCAGCAGCGGCUAGUGGCAAGAAGAAAAGCAAGCAACGCAAGGGCUUUGGAUCGCUGUCAAAGAUUUUCAUGAGGCCGAGCAAGAAGGAUAGGGACGAUCUCAGCCAUUCUUCAGCAGAUCGGGUUUCAGCGGACAUUCCCAUGCCCUCGCCGCAUGGCCUGACAGACGAACAGCUGCAGGAGCGACAUCAGGUCUUGGAGGAGGCCAAGGGCCAGCCCAUGGACCGAUGGAGAGCUGCUGUGGUCGUGGCAUGGCUGGAGGUUGUUCUCUGUAUGCCGCAGUAUGCCAGAGCCUGCUCAGAAAAUAUCAAAAGUGGCCGGGUUCUAUUGGGCAUGACGGAUGGAGAAAUCGAGUCGGCAUUGAAAAUGUCCAACGUCCUACACCGCCGCAAGCUUCGACUAGCUCUUGAACUACAGAAGAGCCCGGAGAAUGUCAAGUAUCCCAAGAGUGGAGAAAUGGACCAUAUAUGGGUGGCAACAGUAUGGCUACAGCAACUUGGUCUUUCUCAGCACAGUGACAGCUUAUUGAACAACCUGGUUGAUGGAGCCGUGCUGAACUCUCUCACACGCCGUGAUAUGGAAAGACAUCUUGGCAUAACCCGCAAAUUCCACCAGGCAAGCCUUAUGUAUGGCAUUGAAGUACUGCGGAAGUGUGACUUUGACCGGCAGAUCCUUCGUCAGCGCAGGGCAAUGUGUGAAGAUGCUGACACUGAUCCGCUGGUAUGGACCAACGCAAGGUUCAUGAAAUGGGUUCAGACUAUUGACUUGGCGGAAUACUCUGAGAACCUGCGUGACAGUGGUGUACAUGGUGGUAUUGUCGUACUGGAGUCAUCGUUUGGACCCGAAGCCAUGGCAACCGCUCUCGGCAUCCUGCCGGCCAAGGUCAUGAUCAGACGGCAUCUCGACGAGGAGCUACGUGCGUUAGUAAGCCCAGUCAGAGCAACGCUGGCUGCCAUUGCCAAGUCGACUGACAACCUCUCUGGCAAGAAAGGCAAGUCCACUCCCAGCACGUCACUAGGCAAGGCUUUCCUGAAACGUGAGAAAGAUUCUGAUCAGCCGGAUAGUCGCAAGGUCAAGCGGCGGAGAAGCCUUCGGGACUCCAUUGGCAGAGCACUGGGACGCAAGACGAAGAAUGAUAUGGAUCAAGACGAGUCGUUUGACGGAGAUGCCCUGGCACCGGGCGCUGCGUCGGGUGGCAGUGAUGAAGGUGUGCCUGCCGCCUGUAUGCACACGUCCACCGGCAGUUUCAGUACCAGCUUCACCAACGGCAUUGGAUCACUAACAGCCGGCGCGAAUCUAUCGCUGAUGACAGGCAUGGGUACAGCUGACCUGGAGACCACCACAGUAUAGGACAUAGCACGUGUAGAUUAGCAAGAUCUAAUGCAGAUUACAGAAUUAGACUGAUUCGCCAUCGAAUAGCCAAACGUAGCCACAGUGAGUCACAUAUACAUGUACUGUCGUGGACAUGGAACCAUCCAGUCGGCGGUCAAGCGGGCCCAGUGCGCUGGUCAUGUCACCGUGAGUUCGCAUACGAUCCAACAUGAACAUGUGCCCUGUGCGGAGAACGUUCUGUACACACUGAGGGCACCGGUCCCGGUCAUAUGACCAGAUUUCCAUGUCCACGUCAGUAGAAGCAGCAGCAGUAACAAUGAGCCACACACAUCACCAACUAAACACAGACGGUAUUUUCAAUCUUGAUACUGACCUCGCCACAUUUCCGAGGUUUUAAGAAGCGGCUGACCUAUUGACAAACAGUUCCUUUGCGUGCCGGGCACAGAUACGUUAUAAUGAAUAUUUUACGUUUGAAUGUUAUGCAGGCGUCCAACCAACUGAAAUAAUUACUUCGAAGUAUAAUUUCCUUUUACUCCCCAUUCCCACUGGUGUCUGCGGCAAAGAGCUGGGUUAUUCCAGACCGCUGGAUUUAUGUUUUGGGUCUUGAAAAUACCGAUAAUAUUUCUUUUUAAAAUCA